CCCGUCCUAUGCCACUCACUUUCUUGGGAUUAGCACCUCCUGGUUGUUUGCCGGCUCCAUUCUCGAAUUUUCGUAUGUACAGGGGUUACGGGGCCAGCAGCAACAGUAGAGGACAUAUCCAUGUCACCUGAAGACUGCCUCAUCCGCACCGCACCACGUACCAAAGUGUACCGAGACAGGCUCCUGACUGCUCUGGGUCAUAAUGUACUAACCCAAGAUCGACAGCGAUAUCGUGUGGUGAAGUGUAAGGUAGAAAAGAAUCGCCGGCCCCCUUGAAGUACCUUUGGACAUGCUCGGUGUCUCCACCUCCAACGUUGCUGGCAGUUUAUUUUUAUGUCUAUUAGACACGACUGCCGCCUUUUUUUGGAUGUCCCUGUGAAUCCAGUAUGCCUCCUUUGGCGGACCUUUGGCCUUCUUGCAUACUAUUAGAUGCAACCUCAUUCGUCUCAACAUCGGAUACAAAGGCAGAAUUUGGACGGGGCGACUUGACGUCGCCGAGGCUGUUCUGUACGAGGAGCAAUCGUUCCGCAGCUGUUGCUGUUGUUGCCAAGAUGGCAAGCGAUCCACAAACAGUCCCUUUGGACAACUCCUUCCUUGAGACUGUCACGUACCAAGGCAGAGAAUAUCAGCGAUACGCUGUCGACAAUGGAGCAUAUUUUGCGCCGAUGGACGAGGACGAAGUCGAACGAUUACAAAUAAUGCAUGUCGUUCUCUCAGUAGUGUUCGAAAAUCAGCUUCUCUUCCCGCCCAUUACCAGACCCAGACGGAUUCUCGAAUGCGGGUUUGGAUCCGGAGACUGGGCAAUCGAAGUCGCACAACGACAUCCAAGCUGCGAGGUGGUAGCCAUCGAUAUUUGCCCGCACAUCUGGCCAGACGAGACCGAAACGCCGACGAAUCUGAAUCUUCAGGUUGAUGAUUUGAAUGGAAGAUUUACAUUCCCGUCAAACCACUUCGACCUUGUGCACAGCCAAAUGAUGGCGGGCGGUAUCCACUCGAAUCGAUGGAGAGACUACAUCGGAGAUAUGUUUCGCGUAACUCGACCCGGUGGUUGGUGCCAAAUGGUGGAGAUAUACUUCAACGCGCAGUCGGAUAACGGGACGUUGACUCAAAAUCACGCCUUGCGCAGGUGGUCGAGACGAUACCUGGACAGUAUGCAACCGUACAAAGACCCUCGAGCGCCGCUUCAUUUACAGAGUUGGAUGCAAAGCGCAGGAUUCGACUCAGUGGAAACCCAGAUGAUUCCUCUCCCGACCUGUGGGUGGUCCAAUGAUCCACGGCAGCACCAUAUUGGUGUGGUCAAUAGAGAAAAUGUCAGGAGGAUGCUCUCCUCGCUGGCCAUGUAUCCCUUGACAGAAUUCCGAGGGAUGACUUCGCAGGAGUUCCAGGUGCUGGUGGCCCAAGCAAGGAGUGAGGCCGAUAACCCAACAUUCAGGGACGGAAACCUCGUCGGUGAGGCAUAUAAGGACGCCAGACGAAGAGGUUGCCUGUUUGUAGGCGCAUUCGGGACGUUCGGACAUGCGUACGACUUGGUGAACUUCCUGGGAGAGAGUGAUGACAGUGACGAUGUGACGGCAUUAUGUAUUCCGAGUGCCUAGCUCAUAACUCCGUUAGUUGGUUUCCUUGCUCCAUUUGCUCUUCGGCUUGCUUCGGCGGCAACCUCCCGGCAUCAUGUUAAGCCGAAAGGAAUGCUUGGAUGAGACAUUAAGGCUCUGGGGUUUGUACGGCCGAGUACGUUGAAUAGAACAUCGAAGGUCCACGGCAUUGUUGGCAACGAACCAAUGAUAUGCGAAUCC